UAGAAAUAAUUUCUCACUUUCCCCAAUUAUCUAUAAACGGAAAAGGGAAUCCAGAUAAACAUCCAACUCUAUAGCUAAGUUCAAUAAAACACACACAAACAUGUUAAAAUUAAAGGAAAACAGAAUAAAAAGGAAGAAGAAAUUAGCAGAAUCACAACUUAAACAGGGGCGCAAUGUUCGGAUUUCCACAUAAGACAAAUGGACUGCAACUGAGAAAGACAGGCAGGCAACCCCUAUCCUGCAGGAGCAAAACUCGGACAUCUAUCACUUGUCAAAAAUCAGUCCUCCAUUCAGCUCUUAUAACAUAUGACAUACGUCGAUGGUUAUUUCUACAACAUAUUCCUUCCUACAUACAUUUCUCUUCCAUUCAUUCCUCUGCCUCGAGCACAAGGAAAAGAACAAUAUCCAGAGGCAGAGGAAAUAAGAAAUCAUUUCACAUCUUUGUAACACGACACAAUUCUGCUUCUGCAGGCUGAUCGUUGCCUGGCUGCUUGAGAAUUUUAAUGCAAAGGGGAUUGUUUGCCGUUCCAGCUUCCUUCCUUUUUGCAUAAUCUUCGAGGGCUGUUCUAUUUUGAGGAUAUAUAGCCACAAGCCCAAAGGUUGAAAAGAAAAAGGAAAACCGAGCGAUAUAUUAAGAGAGAACGUCCUAUCUGGAUUGGAGAAAGACAAUGGAAAUUCACAAUCAAGCUUGAUUAUCGUUGUUGGUGUUUGACAGGGGUGACAGGUUGAUUUGGGCUUGGUUGUUAAAUCUUUGACUGACAAUAUUUUUUGCAGUUUGUGAGAAGCGUCAAAACAUGUUGAAAGGUCGACAAAAUGGGCCAGCAUCUCCCAGAAAACCUGAUAUUGGAGAGAUUGAUACCAGAGCACCUUUUCAAUCAGUGAAGGCUGCAGUAAGUUUGUUUGGUGAAGUGGGCUCCCCCAAGAGUUCGCCUGUUGCGAAGAAGUCGAAAGCUGAUGAGAGAGUGCUGGAGAAGGAGACGCAGCAUCACAUGAUGCUUAGAGAGCUGGACUGCUACAGAGAUCAGCUCAGAAGUGCAGAAACUGCAAAGGCUCAGGCAUUGCGGGAGCUGCAGAGGGCGAAUAGAACACUUGAGGAGCUAAAAAACAAGCUGGAAACUCUUAGUGAAUCCAAGCAAGCGUCGAUUAAGGCUGCAGAAGCUGCAAGAAUCAGAGCUAAAGAACUGGAAGAGCUGCAAUCCCUCAGAGCUCAACAGGGUAACGAUGUGUGGAAAGUGGACGUCGAAGAGGAAAGAGAACGUUAUAAGGCCUGUGCGGGAGAACUCGUUGCUAGCAAAGAAAAGCUUGCAAAUCUGAAACAGGAUUUUGACAAAGCCAUGGAAGAAAAAUUGGCGGUGUUCAAGAAAGCGGAAGAUGCCCAAACUAUGGCCCAAAUGAAUCAGGAGAAACAGAGCCAGCUCUUGAAAGAAGUUGCUCAAUUGCUCGAAUCACUUGACCAGGUGAAAUCUGCCUCCCUUCAGGCCCAGGAAGAACACUCCAAGCUUAUAGCAGAAAAGGAGGCUUACUUGCUGACCCUUAAAUCAGCUAAGGAAGAAGCUGAGAAAGACAUCAGGCGUUUGAAAGAAGAAUAUGAGCCUACAGAAACUCUCCAAGAGAAGCUUGAAGAAACAAUUGAGUCAAUCAAGGUUUUGCAGGAACAGCUGAGUGACAUCCAGUCUUCAGAUUUGCAUUCCAUACAAACCAUGGCUUCAGAGCUUGAUAACGCUAAGAAGGCACUGCAACAAGUUGUUGAAGAAAAAAAUUCAAUACAAAGUUCCGUUGAUUCAACUAAGUUGGAGUUGGAGGAAGUGAAGAGGGAGCGCUCAGAAUCGGAGAAGAAGACACUACAAGCAGAAUCAAAUGUCAAGCAAAUGCAGGCUGAUCUAGAGAAGAGGAAGGCUGAACUUGAGGCAGCCACUCCGUGGUCUACCCUCAACAAGCUUUCCGCAGAGGCUGAAAAGACCAGAAAUGAAGCAGAAAAUAAACAAAAGAAUGCUGAGUUAUUAAAGCAAGAAGCUAAAGCAGCAAGAGUUGCAGCCAAAGAAGCUGACAAAAAGCUGAAGAUUGCACUGAAGGAGGCUGAAGCGGCCAAGGCUGCACAGAAGCUCGUGGAUGAUCAGAUUCAUAACUAUCCAAGAAGUAAAAGUGAUGACUUGAAAGAUUCAGGAUCUAUUAGGAAGAUUCGACUGUCGGUUGAGGAGUUUGACUCCAUGAAGAAGAAGAUUGAUGGACUCAGAAAUGAUGCUGAUGUAAAAGUGGCCACAGCCAUGGCGCAGGUGGAGUCCAUAAAUGCAAGUGAGAAAGGAGUUUUAGAGAAGUUGGAGGUGAUCUUGAAAGAGAGUGAGGCUAUACAAUCAGAAAUCAAUGAAGCUCUAAAGUCAGCAGAAAUGGCAGAGGCCGCUAAAAGGGUGGUGGAAACUGAACUCGAAAAAUGGCGUGACAUCAAACAGAAUGAAGUUGGAAAACCAUCAAAUAGUUCUAAAGCAAAAAAGUGGUGAGUGUGUAUAGUCACGUUUCUCCAUGACUUAACAAGCUGAAGUCAUGUAUCUAUGCUGCUUUUCCAUGAAAGAUUCGUAGAGAUUAGCCUCAAAAAAUAAAGAUAAAUCUAGUCCUGGAAGUAACACAAGAAAAAU